GCAGCUUUGUCCGGGAAAUUGCAUUUGUCUGAGGUUAAAAGAUUCGAUUUUCAUAGGCUGACCUUCUUGAGCUUCUCGUCGGCGGCUACCUUCCACCCAUCUGUUGGGAGAUCUAUCUGCGCCGGUGAACAUGUGUAUAGCUUUAAGGUGGGUCAGUUGUAUUCUGCUUUCUCAGUGUUGGGAAGGAUUCUCAAGAUGGGUUUUCAACCGAAUAUCAUAAACUUGACUACACUGAUUAAAGGACUCUGCAUUGGUAAGAAGGUUGGGGAAGCAGUAGACUUUCAGGAGGAGUUAUUGGCCAAAGGAUUUCAGUUAAAUGAAGUCAGUUAUGGAACCUUAAUCCAUGGGUUAUGUAAAGCAAAGAGACUAAGAUCUGCCAUUGAAUUGCUCGAAAAGAUGAAGGGGCUUGGAAUUAAGCCUAAUGUAGUAAUGUAUAACACAAUCAUUGAUGGUUUUUGUAAGGAAGGGCAAACAUGUGAGGCACGUGAUUUGUGUUCUAAAAUGACUGGUUGUGGAAUUUUACCAAAUAAUAUUACUUACAACUCACUUGCCCAUGGUUUCUAUAGUAUGGGCCAAUGGCGAGAAGCUACUCAAUUGCUCCUUGAAAUGGUAUUGAAAGACAUCAAACCCGAUGUUUAUACCUUUAGUAUAUUGGUUGAUGCAUUUGGUAAGGAGAGAAGGAUCACAGAAGCUCAAGCAUUGUUUGCUAGGGUGAUGAAGUGUGGUGAGAGGCCUAAUGUUGUAACUUAUGGUGCUUUGAUGGAGGGGUAUUGUUUGAUGAAUAAUGUCAACGAGUCAAAGAAAGUAUUCAACAAAAUGAUCCAAAGUGGCUUGACACCUACUGUUGUGAGUUAUAGUAUUUUGAUUAAUGGACUCUGCAAGGCUAGUAUGGUGGAUGAAGCUUUGGAUCUCUUUAAAGAAAUGCAUCAGAAAAACUUGGUCCCCAAUGUUGUAACUUAUAAUACCCUUAUUGAUGGCUUAUGCAAAUCAGGAAGAAUGUCAUGUGUGCAAGAUCUUGUACAUGAGAUGUAUGCCAGUGGUCAAACCCCUAAUAUAAUCACAUAUAAUACCUUGUUGGAUGCAUUUUGCAAAAGCCAAAAUCUCGACAUGGGGAUUCUAUUAAUUAAGCAAACUAUUGACCAAGGUAUUUGGCCUUGCAAGUACACAUAUAGUAUACUUGUUGAUGGUUUGUGCAAAGGUGGUAGACUAGAUACUGCACGAGAGAUUUUUCAAUGCCUUUUGAUCAAAGGCCAUCAUCUAGAUGUUUGUGCAUUUAACAUUAUGAUCAACGGCCUUUGUAGAGAAGGGUUGCUUGAUGAAGGUAUGACCUUGCUUCAAAAAAUGAAAGAGAAUGGCUGCCUCCCUGAUUUAAUAACAUAUAGAACACUUGUUCGAGCCUUUUUGGAAAAAAGUGAGAAUGAUAUGGUGGAGAAGCUUCUUCUUGAAAUGAUUGAUAGUGGUCUUCUAAAGCAAUAAAACUAGGUCAAACACUACUUGUGUAUAUAUUGUACUCAUUGAAAUUUGUCUCUAAUGGCGAGCAAAUGCUUGCUUCUUUCCGACCCAAAUUGUUAGAUUAUUUAAUGGGCAGAAAGGAGUUGAAGAAAUUUUGUUGAAGUUAUAGGUUAAAUAUAUUUGUUGACUUCGUGUAUAUGUUACCCUUGAUUAUUGUUAUUAUUAUUAUUUUUGGUCUUAACAUGAACUUUUUUCCUUCUUCCUUCAUGUUUCAUUUCUAAUUAUUUAUUAUCUUUAAGGCAUCACAGUUGUUGCUCAUGAAUUAGCAUUUUUGCUUUUAAAUUUUAGCUGAAAUAAAGUUUUCUUGAAUUAAAUAAUCUAAAAUGAUAAUGACUUGCAGAAUAUUAUGGACCACAUGAAAGUUCUUUUAUUUGUUUUCCAGCUAAUAAGACAAUGCCUGAAUAAGCAUAAUUAAAGGUGUAAGAGUG